CUCGUAGAUAUGAAGAAAGAGUACGUGACCAAGACACUCGACAGCCACAAGUGGGACGACUACGUCCCCAAAGACGGAGAUAUCGUCGUGGCCACCUACUACAAGGUGAGUGCACGGGGGCAAACAAGCCAACACGGCACACACGCAUUAUGGACCACACAGCACAGACGCACGCUAACAGACAAGGCCAGGAAAAGAGCAGAGAUGUGAGAGAAGACCGGAAGGUUCUGACUCACACACACACGAACACACUCCUUCUCUGUAUUGUGUUGUGUGUGGCCAGUGCGGCUCCACGUGGAUGCAGCAGAUCGUCUACUCGCUGCUCUACCAUGGCGAGCCGCCCACAGACCGGCCCGUGACAGAAAUGGCUCCGCAGCCGGAGAUGAAGCUCCUCCCAUUCUCCUGGGACACACUGCCAGACAUCAAUGGGCGUCGAAUGGUCAAGACCGGCCUCCCUGCUGACGUGGUGCCCUUCUACUCCAACGUCAAGUACAUCUACGUGGGGCGAGAUGGCCGGGACGCCUUCAUGUCACUGGACAAGUAAGUGAGCACGGCAACAGCAGGGAGGCAACACGCAUUCAUUGGUUGUGUGUGUCCGUCGUCUGUGCAGCCAUUGGUCGAGCCGCAACGAGAAGUACUACAAAAGCCCGCAUGCGCUGCCCCGCUACACCGACCCGCCUGUGAGCGGCGACACUGGCCGGUUCUUCGAUGAGUGGAUCAGCAAGGGCAACCCCUGUCUGCCCUGGUUGGUGGUUUCACGGCACGUCACACGACGUAGAUCGUGUUGCAUGUUUCUCUGGGUGUGUGUGGCUGGUGCAGGGAGACGGACGGCUGGCCAUUCUGGUCGCUGUUCAGGAGCAUCGAGAGCUGGUGGCACAUGCGGGACAAGCGCAACGUUCUGAUGGUGCACUUCAAGGUGAGCGUCUUGUGAAUGGAUGGAAAGGCAUGCAUCUCUUUCUCCCACUCUGUGUGUGUGGUGGGUGGGCAGAACCUCAAGCAAGAUUUGGAGGGUCAGAUGAAGCGCAUAGCGUCUUUCCUGGAGAUCGACAUCGACGAGACGGCACUCAAGCAGGCGGCUGACAAGUGCACGUUCGCACACAUGAAGGUACCCACUUCCACACACACCUAUCACGCACACGUCACAUACACACACACGAGCAGAAUGAUAUAUAUAUAUUUACGUGUGUGGGUGGGUAUGUCUCUGUGUGUGUGUGUGCAGGAGAACGCCUUGUCCGUGUUGGGUGAGCAGUUCAGCCAGUCCUGGGGCGAGGGCGGCCAGGCGGGCGCUCAGGUGAGUCAGUCAGUCAGUCAAGCCAGCCCUAAUGAACACACGAAAGACACACACCCCAUGUCAUGUGCAGACCUUCAUCUUCAAGGGCACCGACGGCCGCUGGAAGAACGUCCUGACCGACCAGCAGAUGGCCAAGUAUGCUGCCAAAGUGGCUGCGCUGCCGGCGUCCUGCGCCCACUGGCUGCAGACGGGCGAGAUGGUGCCGAUGGAUGACACCCACGGGGCCUUCAUCCACUAGCCAAAGGGGGGAGGUGGGGGCAGGGGGCACUGCUUUCAUUGCACAUCUAUGGUGUAUCGUGUUUCUGAGAUGAUGUGUGUAUUUUUGCAUCGCAUUCGCCGCUUGCUGAUCUGAUCCGAACACACGUGGGUAUUUGUCAGUCAACGAUUGUUUGUGUCACCCUUUACAGUGUGUGUGAGUGUGUGUGUGUGUGUGCGAAUCCCGCCGCCGUGUUUUCAUAUUGAUCGCAUUAUUGUCAAUGAGUCUUUUUCACCCUUUACGCAGCUGCAGGGUCAAGGGUGCAUGGCCGUCCCGUGGUAGAGGGGCUUGGCUGGCUGGGUUAGGCUGACUGAUUCAAGGCACCAAGUCCGAGUGCGUCGGCUGGGCGGAAAGGCUGCGUGUGGGGGGCUGGUCUGUGUGCGUGUUCGCCGUGGUAGUCUCUCGCUGAACGGUUGCAGCAUUCUUUUUCUCAGUUGUGUCGGUGUCACAUCGCCGUAAGUGUUCCCUCCCUUCCACAUGUAAGUGCUGUCUCGUGCGUAAUGCGUCCAUUUCAUCACUAUAUAUAUGGCGCCCCCGAGUAUGCUUGUGUGUUCUAUCGUGUCUGUCUCCGAUUGGCUCUGCUGACGUGUUGUCCGCGUGCGGCCGUUCACAGGCGGAGAAGCCGUCAGCCGAGUCGGUCCGAGGGCCACGAGAGAACAAGCCUAGUGGAAAUGCGGAUGGGUCAGCAUGGGUCGUGUGUGUGUGUGUGUGUGAUGUGUGUCUUGCGGACAGUCAGCCAAUACCGUGAUGUGGUGUGCUUGAUGCGCGGGACACUGGUCACAAUGAGUCCACACACGAGUUCAC